AUGAAGUGGAUUGAAGAGGAUGGAUUUGAGGAAAGAAUGAACGGGAGAGGAUUUGUAGUUGUGGGAUGGGCUCCCCAAUUUACCAAUGAGAGACUUGUAGUACAAAUACUAAAAAUCGGAGUGAGCGUUGGGGCCAAUGAACUUACAGCCUGGGGAGAUGAAAAAUCUGGGUUCAUGUUGAAGAAAGAACAUGUUAAAAACGCAAUAGAUCAAUUGAUGAAUGAAGGAAAUGAAGGAAUAAAGAGAAGAAAACGAGCAAAAGUGUUUGGAGAGAAGGAAAAUAAAGCUAUUGAAGUAGGUGGAUCUUCUUAUCUUAAUAUGACACUAUUAAUCCAAGAUAUAAUCCAACAAUCUUCAAAGAUGGGUGUGGAUAUGAUUCCAACCUCACAUCGCCAUGAGAACUAA